AUGAAGUCUGCUAUCGCCUCGAUUGCCUUCGCCGUCCUUGCCGGACUGGCCAGCGCCAAAGUUGCCUUCACCAACAGCAACUACAACGUUGAGGCUGGCAAGCCCUUCACCCUGGAGUGGGAUGGCGGCAAGGGUCCUUACACCAUCAACCUGAAGGACGGCCCCUCGGACGACCUCAAGACCGUCCAGGCCCUCGCCACCGGCACCACCGACGAUUCUCUGACCGUCACCCUUUCCUCGUCCCUCGUCAGCGGCAACUAUGCCUUCGAGAUCGUUGACUCGUCUGAUGACACCACCAACUACAGCUCCCAGUUCCCUAUUGUUGGAACUGGCUCCAGCUCUACCGCCGCGAGCAGCUCCAAGGCUUCUUCCACCGCCGCCACCAGCACCAAGGCCUCAUCCACCCUGACCACCACCACCACCAGUGGCUCCUCGUCCGCCUCUGCCAGCAGCACCGAGGACUCGUCGUCCUCUUCGACCAAGGCCAGCUCCACCACCUCCAGCAACGCCAGCAAGACUACCUCGGCUUCUGCUUCUUCCAGCACUGCUCCUAACACCAACGGUGCUCAGAGCUUCGCUGCCCCCCUGGUGCUUGCCGCCGCCGGUCUUGCCCUCGCUUUCUAA